AUGCCUUCCGCCACCGACAGCCCUCCCAAGGUGGAAUCACGACUUCUCUUAGUCUCGAACCGUCUUCCAAUCACCAUCAAGCGUUCCCCCGAAGGGAAAUAUGAUUACUCCAUGUCGUCCGGGGGCCUCGUCACUGGUCUCAGUGGCCUAGCGAAGAGUACCACCUUUCAAUGGUAUGGCUGGCCAGGCCUGGAGGUCCCUCGAGAAGAGGUCGGUGAUGUGGUCAAGCGCCUCAAAGACGAAUUCAAUGCUAUCCCCGUUUUCGUGGACGACGAAUUGGCCGAUAGACACUACAAUGGCUUUUCAAAUUCCAUUAUGUGGCCCCUCUUUCAUUACCACCCUGGUGAAAUCACCUUCGACGAGUCUGCUUGGAAUGCUUACACCGAGGUCAAUCGCCUUUUUGCCCGGGCCAUUGCUAGUGAAGUCGAGGAUGGCGAUCUGGUCUGGGUCCACGACUAUCACCUGAUGCUGUUGCCCCAGAUGCUCCGCGAAGAGAUUGGGUCCACCAAGUCCAAUGUCAAGAUCGGCUUCUUCUUACAUACUCCCUUCCCGUCGAGCGAGAUCUACAGGAUUCUGCCCGUUCGAAACGAAAUCCUGUUGGGAGUUCUUCACUGCGAUCUGAUUGGCUUUCACACCUACGACUACGCCCGACACUUCCUCAGUAGCUGCUCACGAAUCUUAAAUCUCACAACAACGCCCAAUGGGGUCGAGUUUGAAGGCAAGAUUGUCACGGUUGGUGCGUUCCCGAUCGGCAUCGACCCGGAAAAAUUCACCGAAGGCUUGAAGAAGGAGAAGGUUCAAAAGCGGAUUGCGGUGCUGGAGGAGAAGUUCAAGGGUGUCAAGUUGAUUGUCGGCGUAGAUCGUCUUGACUACAUCAAAGGUGUUCCUCAGAAGCUUCAUGCUCUCGAAGUCUUCCUAACGGAUCACCCGGAAUGGAUUGGCAAGGUUGUCUUGGUCCAAGUCGCCGUGCCCAGCAGGCAAGACGUUGAGGAGUAUCAGAAUCUUCGUGCGGUGGUCAAUGAAUUGGUGGGACGAAUCAACGGCAAAUUCGGCACGAUCGAAUUCAUGCCCAUCCACUUCAUGCACAAAUCGGUCAACUUUGAUGAGUUGAUUGCACUUUACGCCGUCUCAGACGUGUGUCUCGUUUCCUCGACGCGAGACGGCAUGAAUCUGGUUUCCUUUGAGUACAUAGCCUCGCAGGAACAACGAAAAGGGGUGCUCAUUCUCUCCGAAUUUGCCGGUGCCGCACAGAGCUUGAACGGCAGUAUCUUGGUGAACCCCUGGAAUACCGAGGAGUUGGCAGGUGCCAUUCAGGAAGCUGUGACUAUGAGUCCAGAACACCGCGCCAUUAACUAUGCCAAGCUGCAUAAGUAUGUCUUCAAGUAUACCAGUGCGUUCUGGGGACAAUCUUUUGUGGCCGAGUUGACUAGAAUAUCCGCACAAGGCGAGAAGAAGCUGAAGUUACGACGAGCCUCCCUGAUAAAAUCACCUUCUCAGCAGCCGCCUUCUGAUGCCAGAGAUGGCGAUUCAGGAACGAGACAAACUCCGUCACAGCCUGUGACAACUGCGAGCCCAGAGGUUGUAAUUGAUGGCGUGCAAGCAUCGAGGAAUGUCGAUGGAAUUUCGAAAGAUAAUCAGUCGAUGACGUUGUAA